AUGACCUUGUUUGCCCUUGGCCAGUUGGCACCUCUGGGACCUCUGGGCAAGUUUGAGUUGCAGAAGAUGCUUAUUCAUGAGAGGAUGAAUUACAAAAAUCUCAUGACCGACUAUCAAAUACAGAAGGCUGAACACAAAAGCCUGCAGGAUAGGUUCACGCAGUUGCACGGAGAACAGGAACGCCUGCUGAGCAACAGACAGACUCAGAAGGAGAGAGUGCAGCUGCUAUUGGUGCAAGGAGAGCUGAUGGACAAAACCAGGGAGCUUAAGGAGCUCCGACCGUGGGUGGUGACCCCUCAGCAAUUGGAGUUGCUCAGAACUCAGGUGAAGCAAGAAAUGAAUGCUCCAGUUCAAGAGAAAUUCAACAAACAAGAGGAGACAGAGAAGUACAAAUCUAUGUACAACAAGCUGCAAUAUAAGAAUACCUUCAUCAAGUCCCAGUUUGACCACCAGAGCGAAGAACAUUCUCAUAUGCUGGAGAAGAGGAGGAGUCACUAUGAGGUGCCGCUCACUUGCCUGGAGAAGGACAGGGAGCACCUGGUGGCUCAGUACCAGGGUUCGGACCCACUGUGUGAUGGGAAAGGAGAUGAGGCUCAGCUGAGGGAGAAAUCCCUGCUCAAAUUUGAGCUGAAGAAGCUGGAGAAGGAGGUGGCUGACCUGCAAGCCCAGAAAGACAACUUGGAUCAGCAGGCUGAGAACAGGCAGAGUGUCCAGAUCAGACAGCUAUCAGAGUAUCAGGCGGCAGUGAAGUUACUGGAGGCAGAGCGUCAGUCCCUGCGACUACAAGUGGAGCGAAUGGAGAGUGAGCUUCAUCUGAGCCUUGAGCAGAAUAAGCAGCUCACAAAGCAACUGCACGAAGCUGAGAGAGAAAGCAACUCUACCUGCGAGGUUGAAAGUCUGGAGAAGAAUUCACAUAAGCCAGAGAUUGCCAGUGUCAAACUAGAGUGUAUCCCCUCGAAAGGAGAUGUGGAGAGGGAGAGACACACAAUGCAGGGGCCGAUGGAUGAUCUACAGGCAGGUAUGGAGGUGCUAAAAGCUGCAAUGCAGCAGCAAAGACACAUUCUGGAGAAGAAGAGGGAGAUGGUCAGAAGGGUGGAAGCGGCCCAUGGGGAGGAGUUCUGCAAAACUGUGACCCUGCACAAGGAAAAAUUGGAGUUGGACAACCCCUUCACCACAUUAGAACAGCAGAGGGUGCAGCAGGAUCUUGCAGAUCACGCACAGAAGGAAGAGUUGGAGGAACAUCUUCGUAGUGCCCAGCAAGGUGAGGAGUCAGCCUGCAGAGAAGUGCAGAGCCUUAGAACCACACUUCAGCAGCAAAGCUCAAAGCUUGAGGAGCUGGAGGGACAGAAAGCAGAGAUUGUUGAGCUACAGCAACUGAGGACACUGUCGUACUCUGAAAAGGACUUGAUAGAGACAAACCAGGAGCUAAGAGAAACCCUGGACAGAGUCAGGGAGGAGCUGAGGAAAACCCGAGUUCAGGCUGACGAUGCUGAGUGGUUGGAGGAGAAACACAAGCUGCUUCAGAAAUAUUCUCAUAUCAGAGAGAAACUGCAGAGGGCAGCAGAGGCCCAAAAGAAGAGGAAGACGCUGACAGAAAACAAAGAGAAGAGUCUGCAGGAUAAGAUCCAGCUGCUGCAGGCACAGAUAGAAGAACUGGAACUGGAAGUAGCUGCAGCCAAGAAACGUUCAUCUUCAGGGAAAGAGGCCAAACUCAACAAACAGCUAAAGGAGCUUCAGCAGCGACACAACAAGUUUCGACAGAUCAUCCUGGACAGCCAGGCUCCUUUCAGUGGUCAAACUGGUCUCCUUGAAGGUGUUCGUGUGCCAGCACUCCUCGCUGCUGCGCACACAUGCCAGUUACCACGAACACCACUUCUUGGAGAAGAAAGAAACAUAAAACCACUGGAGAUGAGAGUUUCACGGUUGCCUUAG